AUUGAUUCCAAGUUUAGAGUGCACAUCAACACCUGUGACGGUGCGAGAAAAGCAAGCAUAGCACAGGAGGACGUGAUCACAUUUGCUUUUUGUGAUGAUAUCUAUACACCCUGGCUUUAUGUCUCAUGUAGAUACUCCCCGAUUGGCUUUGCGUCCUACCGGAAACAAAUUACCCCUCGUAGCGUGCAGGCAGCUCGCAUGAAAAUGUGACAACUUCCAUCGAUUCUGGAAGAAGAUGAAAGGUAAACGACAAGAAUUUAUUUAUUUCAGGUGCACUUAGCAAUUUCCAGUGAUAGCAUCAUUCGGAACUUUUGGAAGUCGCAGUUGUACUAUCACCAUGACAGCAAACAGCCGUAAGGCUGCAGAGUUAACAACGAAAUCACAGGCGGUAUGGUCUCGAGAUUCUGUACCACAACUGCUUGCAUGGUUGGAUUUGUGUCGGGAAGAGGGCAAAACUGCUCACUUUUACACAACAAUCAUUCAUCGCCUGCAAGAUACAUUGAACUUUUCCUUUACAGUAGUGCAAGUCAAGAACAAGCUCACUUACCUUGCGCGGAAGGAAGAUUCAAAGCGCAAAAUCUACAGGCCUUUGAUUCACAAGUUUGGAAGCGACCAUUUGUCGAAGUUGUCAUCUAAAGAUAGGAUCCGACUUGAAGAGAUCAAAGCAGCCCUGAGGCCAAUCUUCAACAAUACUCUGAGAAAAUAUAUGGAAAAUCAGUCGCUGCAAAUCAAGGGGACGACGAGGCUAUCGAACCAAAAAUCUCAAAUAGCGACAAGCAAGGUUGCACUUUCCACCAGCACGAAUCAAAGUGAAGAUUUCGUUACUAUAUCGGCGAAUCUGUACGGCAAACGAAAACGUUCAGACACUGUACAUGUUCAAAUGGACCACUCACCGAGAUUCCCCAGGCGUUCAUCCUCGUUCAUAGAGAUAUCCGCAAAAGACUUAAUCUCAGACGAAGAAUAUGAUGUCGAGAAAGCCUCUGAUACUUAUCGCAAUCAAAAGGCGCAAGCGGAACGUGUGACCGGCGCUGUCGUUGAACACCACACCAGAGAUCGUGCGAUUAGGGUUGCAAGUAGCCUCCCGAGCUUGACUUCUAGAGAUUGUCAAGAGAAGCUACCAGAUCCGGUCCUUGAUCUCACGAUAUCACCGCAACUAGAGAAGAGGUUGGGAACAGAUCAGAUACACAUAUCAGCAAUGUUCCAAAUUCUCAAGGACGAGUCUUCGGCACUCCACCAUCGCAUCUGUAUGCUCGAGAAUGACAACGACGUGACAAAACAAUGUCUACGCGCGCCAAUCGACGUGGCUGCCAUGCGAUAUGAGAGUAAUCAUCUGCAUGAGAAGAAUGCUGCUCUGGAAAAUCAUAUCGAGAAACUGCGAGAUCAUGAAAAGAAUACUCUCGGCAUGAGAAGCUGCGAAUUAAGCGCGAGGGUCAGAACAUUGGAGUCAGAUAUCAACGAUGUCUGCCUCAAGAUUUGCUCGAUUUUUGAUGCAACAGAGUUAUCACUUCCGGAAGAAAACGAGCAAAUCUACAACGGCUUGUUUGAGCGAGCACUGAAACCGAGCAGCUGGAGUGAAAUCACCAAAUCAUCAGCGCCUUCCCCACUCAUGUCGGAUGCUUUUCGUAUUUUGAGUGCAAUUCAUGUCUGUGUAAGAAUAUUCGAGGAUCGGGCUUUUGAUUCACUGACGGCGGUGGAGCCUUUUUUGAAUGGCUGGCGCCGGAUGACGCUGUGUGACGGUGGCUCGGAUGCAUUAAGAAAAUUUGACUUGCUGGGUCUCAGCUCCAGUCUUAGGUCAAAAGCAUUCGACCGCCAAGUAAAGGCCAAAGCCCAGGCGCUGUCCCAUGAGAUAGUCGCCACCAUAUCUGACUUGACUCAUCAAUGUGGCGACCAUCAAUUUCACCCUUUGCGCAAUAUUCAAUCGACAGCGAUCUGUCUCUCCGACUUUGAAUCUUUAUUCGGAAAUGCGCUGAAACUCAAAGCAGAACUUAUGCUUACUGGCCAGGAGUACACUGCAUUCUUCGUGCCGUCUGGCACAAAAUUCAAUCCCGAAAUGAUGGAAAAGGCGGCCUACUCCAUUGAGGAGCCUUGCUGGAAACGAAGAUCGGGUUUCAGUGAGGAUGAUGAAAGGACUAAUAAGCCACAAACCUUCACUGUCAAUAUUUGCCUGUUUCCCGCGAUCUGCGCGUACACUUCUGAGCCAAAACGCGACAGACAAGCGAUCAAUUGGAAGACAGUCAGACCAUUGGAGGAUGCUUGGAAACGCUACUACAAUAUUGAGGAUUUGAAGGCUAUGGGUGCUAAGACGUUGUCGAAGGCAGUUGUACUUUUAAGAUAGGUGGCUCUGGGAUUGCCGGAGAAACAGUUCAUGAUUUCGAGUUUGUCCUGACCACGAAAAAAGAAAACGUCAUUGGAGUGGACAGAGUUGAUGACAUUAAAAUCCGCGAUUUCUCGCAAUUUAUUUACAACAUAUACUUAUGAGAACACAAAAUGUGAAAGUGUACCAUAGUGA